AUCGAUCUCCGAAGCCCGGCCCUUCGAGGACUGAGAACGAGGUUGAGSAAAAUUGCAAUGCAUAUUGGGAGUAUUUCCCCUGAGCGUGUGUCAAAUCGUUCGAUCGUUGUUUUUUCAGCAUGGGAGUUCAAGUCGAAAAAACUAGGCAAAGCGAAGGCGUACGUCCAAAGCAGGGUCAAACAGUAGUUGUCCAUUACACCGGCACAUUGAUAGACGGUAAAAAGUUUGAUUCGUCAAGGGACCGUGGUAAACCGUUUAAAUUCACAUUAGGAGCCGGCCAAGUCAUCAGAGGUUGGGAUGAAGGAGUUUGUCAGAUGAAAGUAGGUGAAUGUGCUAAACUAACAUGUUCACCUGAUUAUGCUUAUGGAUCAAAAGGCUACCCUGGUGUUAUUCCACCAAAUGCAACUCUGAUCUUUGAUGUAGAACUCCUUGGUGUAGAGUAGGAGAUGAAAUCACCCAAUGUCAGCCAAGUUUCUAAUCAGCCAUCUAAUCACUUUGCUUACCCUUAUUUAGUACUACUAAUGUAGUCAUCCAAGUACAAAAUAACCAUUUUUAUUGCACUUGUUUACUUUGAAUGUUAACAAGCUCUUUGAAAAUUAAAAAUACUGUUGCUUACUA